UAUUCUUUAUAUCAGACAAAACAGACUUUAAACUAAAAGUGGUACAAAGAGACAAAGAGGGUCAUUAUAGAAUAAUAAAGAGGUCAAUCCAUCAAUCAGAUAUAAAAAUUGUAAAUAUUUAAGUACCCAACAUCAAGCAUAUGCAUGUACCAGUAUAAAGCAAAAAUUCAUAGAACCAACAGCAAUAAUACACAGUAAUGCAACAGUCAUUUGGAUCUUUAAUGUCCCAUUCUUAACAAUAGAUCAAUCAUCCAGACAGAGAAUCAAUGUGAAAACAGAAGAUGUGAAUAAUAUCUGUACCAAAUGAACCUAACAGAUAUAUUUAGAAGAUUCUAUCUGACAACAGCAGAACACACAUUCUUCUCAAGUAUACCUGGGAUAUUUUCUAGUAAAAAUCAUAUUUUAAGCCACAGGGGGGAAAAAGUCUUAGCAAAUGUAAGAGGAUUGCAAUCAUAUCAAGUAUCUUCUUUGACCACAAUGCUAUGACACUAGCAAUCAACAACAGAAGGAAAAUUGGGAAACUGAUGAGUAUGUAAAAUUAAGCAAUACUCCCCUAAACAGAUCACAGGAGAAAUUAGUUAACAAACAUCAAAAUGAUGAAAAGUCAUCAAAAUAGAAGACACAAAACUAUAUACAUUUUCCCCAAAAAGCUGAUAUUGCAUAAGAAAGUUUAUAAACAAUAACAACAAAAAAGAAUAUAUAUGAAUGUGUCAUUAAGCCAUUGGUCAGUAGGAAAAGUAGCAUUGAUGACUUGGUUUUAGGUCAAUCAAUUCUUGGCCAAAGGCAUUUCUUAAAUUUUAAUAGCUUGUUCUGAUAUGUUGGGGAAAAUUGGGAGGCUAAGGAGUCUCUUUAAGUUGGAGACAUACAGUCUCUCUUUUUUUUUUAAAUCGAUUUUUCAAAUACAGCUGACUAGACAUACAGAUGGCUAUUGAGGAAAUAUUGUGCUCUGUAUUUCUAAUAUUUUAACUCGCCCAAUCUCACCAUCCUUGUCAUGUAGGACAGUUACACAAAGGAUUGAUAAAAGACAAGAAAAUGUUAGCUUUCUAUGUGAACUAAGUAUCUACCUUUCAGAUGCUAUUAAGAAUAUUGCACAUAUGUGACACUAUCCUCUCUUUUAUGAAAUAAUUUAAACUUGUGCUUUGCUUAAAAAAAAAGAUCCUUCGGCAAUCUCUUCUCCCUCUUGUGGGAAAGAGUGCGUUGUGGAAGAGCCCCCUUGCAAGCCAGAGGACUUUUGGUAAAAGCACUUUACACUGACAAGCCUACCUCCUGGUCUUCAAAGGACUGGUCAAAGGUACUGGCCUCUGAAGAACUGGAGUGUCCAUAGAAAAAAUGAAGGGUUGGUUAUCUGGUUUCCUGUAAUUAGGUUAAUUUGUCACCAAGUUUAAAGAUUCCACAUUUUGGAGAUAUUCCAACAGAAGCUGUUCUAUUUUCUUACUUGUUAAGCUUCACUGACCAAGAGGAAUGUCAGUUCUCCAGAAAUUAAUAAAAGGCCCCGUGUUCCACUCCCCCUGAUCACUCUCCUCUCUAUUGGGCAUUCAACCAUGAGACUCCCUCCCCUGCUUCCUAUGCUCCUCUUCUUUGCGACUGUAAUACCAAAAGCAAGGGCUGGCCUUAUCCCAGGUAAACAACAGUGUGUCCUUCUGAAAGGCAUUUGCAAGCCCGGGGGCUGCACCUCCACGGACGACACCAUUGGGGUGUGUAACGACGAGCAGAAAUGUUGUCGGAGGUGGUGGAUACUGUUUCCCUAUGCAACGCCAGCUCCCAAGUCCAAGUCUCCUUAG